AAGGUAGACAUGAGUCGAAGAAGAAAAUUGACGAAAAAAGGAGAUGAAAGUCGUGAAAUGUUGACAAAAAAAUUAAAGUGCAGUAAACCAACUGCAGCUAUGUCCUCUGAAGUUUUUGAACGGGAAGCAAAAUUGAUUGUUUCGAAAUUAUCGAAAGAAUUAUCAAGACGAGGCAACGCAAAGGACUCUGCAGCGAUGAAAAAAUACCUGAGAGACCAAUUCGAAUUUUACGGUGUCAAAACACCAGCUCGGCGAGAAGUAAGUACGGAAAUUUUGACACUUAAGGAUAAAUGUUUUGAAAGGAAAGAUAUAAUAGAUCUAGUCUCAUUAUUGUGGUCGUAUCCUCAAAGGGAGUUUCAAUACGUUGCUGUGGAUUUCCUCGUUAAGAAUCGAAAGUUAAUCUGCGAGGAGCAGGCUCAUUUCGCGGAAAAUGUCGAGUUUUUCAAAUCUUUGAUAACAGAUAAAUCAUGGUGGGACACAGUAGACAUGCUUGCAUACAAACUCAUUGGUUUCCUGGUGAAGUUAUAUCCCGAGCAGGGUGUUGCUGUCAUGCGCAAUUGGGUGAGCUCUGACAACAUGUGGUUAAAGCGAACAGCCAUCUUACAUCAAUUGUGUUGCAAGCAUUCUACCAAAGAAGAACUUUUGUUUGAAUUCUGCAAGUUGAGAUGUCACGAAUCAGAGUUCUUCAUCCAGAAAGCAAUUGGUUGGGCCCUGAGAGAUUAUGCUCGGACAAAACCAGGCUCUGUUAAGCGGUUUUUAUAUGAAAAUAAAAAGAAUCUUAGCAGGUUAAGUUACAAUGAAGCUGCUAAGCAUCUUUCUCUGGAUGGAAGAUAAUGUAAUUGCAAGUGAGAAGGCAAUUCAAAUAAUUUCCAAUCCAUUUCCGUACCACCAAACAAAGAAUGACAUAGACAUGUCUUGGUGGUGACAAGAAUUUUGCAGCAGAAUUCGAAAGUGAAUUCAUACUGCAUUGUGCACAAAUUAAUUUUUAUUUUUGUUUAAACUACUGUUGAAUAAAAUCAAAAUGAAUUCAGUUCCUUCA